GUUCCUGGUCUUUAAUAGAAGCCAGUAUAUACUACAGAUUUCGACAGUUCUGUAUGUCAAGCUGCAUCAAGUCCAUUUCUAUGGCUUCACGUGGUAGUCAGCACGUUCAUCAGCACGACCACGACAAGUGGGGAUGGGUCAUGGUGGCGGUCGUGUUCCUCAGUAUGGUUGUCAUCAUGGGUAACCUCAGUGCCCUGGGCGUCCUGCUCAUGCCCAUGACCAGCGACCUCGACAGCGAGUUGUGGCUCAUCGGCUGGAUUGCAGUCUGGUCCAACGUUAUGAAGAACUGUACCGGGCCAGUUGUUGGCGCCCUCUCUCGUCUGUUUGGCAGCCGUCCCGUGAUGAUAUUUGGUGGAAUUCUUCUUGGCCUGGGAUUUAUCCUGACCUCGAUAUCACAUAACAUUUUCGCAACGACCUUUUUCAUAGUUGGACUCACAGGUCUAGGGUCUGCGUUCCUAUUCAUCAACAGUUUUGUCGUGUUGGCCCCAUACUUCAAGGAGAGAUAUCCGUUAGCCAUUGGCCUAUCGAUGAUGGGCACUCCCAUUGGUGUGAUAGUCUAUGCCCCUGUCACUCAGAUUCUCCUGGACACCUACGGCUGGAGAGGAACUAUGCUAUUGCUGGGUGGUAUCUCGUUCCAUCUUGUGGCGUUUGGUAUGUUAGUGCGACGGGAUCCGUCUUCGUCUCCGUCGGAUACUGAACAAUACCAAAAGGUUGCAAAUAGUGACCGUGAGGGCGAAAGUAGCCAGGAGGAAGGAUCUUAUCCAGCCGGGGACGAAACCAGCACCUCAGAGAAGAGACAUCAUCCGAGCCCGGAUCUUCACAAAAGUUCGGCAAGAAAGUAUUUCCGACACUUCAUCAGGACAAUUGACUUCCGAGUGCUAGCUGACGUGCGGUUCAUCCUCCUGGCUUUUGGCAGGUUUGCAGUCACUUUUGUCUACAAUGCUUUCGUGAUGUACAUGGUGUCGCACGGUCAGUUAAGUGGCCUGAACCACACACAGGCAUCGUUUCUGCCCACAGCUUUUGGGGUGGGCAACGUCAUCGGCAGGUUGGUGGCGCCCUUCCUGCAGCAGGUUGGCGCCAAACUGUCCGUGACAUUCUGGGCGUGUCUCGGCGCAGCCCUCAUGAGUGUAUCAUUUCUGGCAGACGCUCUCACAGGAGCGUUUCUCUGGCAGUUGGCCGUUUCGGGUCUUAUUGGUGUCGGUUACGGGACGGUGGUCCAAGCGGUUGACGUCAUGAUGCGGUUCUUAGCGACCGAUGACCGGUUGGUUAGUGUACUGGGCUGGCUGGGAUUGUUCAAAGGCGUCGCUGGCAUGCUCGGUGCAUUGAUAGCAGGUUUGAUUUUUAAGUGGACGGGGAGUUUUACCAUCACUUUCUACAUGUACAGCGGAAUGAUGUUGCUGUCCAUUCCAUUGUUUAUCAUCGAGGCCGUGUACGGUAAAAGUCUGGUACAAUAGACAUGAAGGUACAGAUUGUCAACGUAAAACCACGCCACCAGCGGUGAUAGAGGACACUUAUGGUCGUGCGCCUGCGAUGAACUUCGGUGUAAUAGUGAUUGUUUCCAAUUUAGGCAGUGGCGUAAAUCGGGUAGUUGGAGGAGGGGGGGGGGGGGAGGGGGGGGGCAAUGGGGAUGAUCAAAGUGCACUUGAUUAACAAAUCGGGCACUCUCAACAAAUAUGGGGGGGGGGGGGGUAAACGCUGGUGAAAACGGGCACUUGAAUAGAAAAGGGCAGUCUUUACAGCCCCCAGCUUUUUGAAAUGUCUCCCGUGCUUUCUCACUCUUAAUUUUUUUGUUGGUUACUUUCGUUAUUUUUGUGUAUAUAUUCUUUUCCUAAUCACUAUAAUUGUGUUUUUAUCCAAUUUAAAUAUUAUUUAUAAUUGUAUAUUUAUCCAAUUCAAAUAUCAUUAAUUUGUAUUUAAUAUUAACUUGU